AUGGAAAGUGAAGAAAUCCAAACAAAUACAGUGGCACACCAACAAGAUGAAAAAGAUGAUAGUGGAAUAGAGCAAGAUAGCAGUUUUAUAUAUAUACGAAUAGCUGUCGAAGAUCAUAAUUUACAAAAAGUUCUCAAAUUUAAUUUGGAUGAUACGGUAUGGAAUGCAAAACAGAAAGUCUUACAAGUUCUUGUUCGAGUAUUGAUUGAUGGUUUAAAUUUUGGAUUAUAUUUACCAUCGUGUAAUGGUCGAGCAGGAAAAUUUCUUGAUGAAUCUCGUUGUCUUAGAGAAUAUCCUUUAAUUGGGCCUGUUAGUUAUCUUGAAUUUAAAUAUAAAAGACGUGUUUAUAAAGCAAUUCAUCUUGUACAAAAGAAUAUUAAUUUAAAAGUUAGCACAAAAAAAUUUAUUGAUUGUAUCAAAACAAAUCAAAUUUCAAAGGUUACUCGAUAUUUAGAAAAGGGAUUCGAUCCAAAUUUUCAUAUUUCUAAUGAUGAAACAGUUCUAUCAUGUGCAUGUAUUGAUUUAAUUGAACCACGAUCAAUGAUUUUGGCGCUAGUGAAUGGUGGUGCUCAUCUAGAUUUUCGUACUCGUAAUGGUGGCUUCACACCUCUACAUAAAUCUGCAAUUCACCAUCGUAAAGAAUCUAUUGUGAUUCUUCUGGAACUUGGUGCAUCUCCGAAUGUCUAUGAUAAUAAAGGUUUAACACCUCUUUAUCAUACAGUUUUAAAUAAUCAUAAUGAAUCAAUCAAUGAUUCAUCGUACUGUUGUCAAUUACUAUUGCAAGAUCAUUCAAUAGUAAAUUGUCGUGAUGACUAUUUGUCUACUGAAUUACAUCAAGCAUGUCGUCUUGGUCUUGUUCAACAUGUUGAACACUUACUUUUUUAUCGAGCAGAUAUAAAUGCAAUUAAUACAGCUGGAAAUACUCCAUUACAUAUUUGCACUGCAACAAAUCAAGAAGCUUGUGCUCGUGUACUACUUUUUCGUGGAGCUGACGUAAAGAUUGUAAAUAAAUCUAAUCAAACUCCGUAUGAACUUGCAUUAGUAUCUCAAAAUUGUUCAAUCGCCACAAUUAUCCAAUCUCAUAAACCAGAUCAUGUUGUACCCUAUCGUGAAACACCAUUGAUUAAUCCAAAACGUCGUUCUAUAUAUAUUGAGCAAGAUAAACAUCGAAUAAGAUCAUUAUCAACUACAACAUCAUCAUUGUCAUUAGCUAAUCGAUCACAAAGUAUGCCUAAGUUGAAUAGUAUUAAUAUUUUACAUCGAAGUAAUUCACCAGCAAAUGAAAAUCUUUAUCAACAACAUCCACCAAGUCGUAGUUCAUCACCGAAAUCGUUUAGUGUUAAUAGUGAUCAUGGACUUGGUAGUGAAUGUACUUCACGUUUAUCUUCUAACUCCCCAAACGCUGUAAAUGGUUGUUACAUCUAUAAACGAAAACGAUUAUAUGCAGCAGCACCCGGUCGAAAAUGUAUGUGUAUCAAGUCUUAUCGAGCGAAUUUAUCUGGAGAAUUAUCAUUGCAUAAGGGAGAUAUUGUUGACAUUCUAAGUGUUGGUGAACAAGGAUAUUUAGAAGGAAGAUGUAAAAAUGUAGAAGGAUGGUUUCCAAGUAAUCAUGUCCAAGAUAUUUGUGUUUUUAAAAAUGGUGAAAUGACUAAUGAUGACACAAUAGUGAUUAGUCGUGAUGCUCUAUCCGCAUUAAUGAUUAAUAAUGAUACAUAUACACCACGUACUGUUGUUUUACAACGAGGAAAAAAAGGUUUUGGCUUUGUUCUUCAAGGCUCACGAGUAGCAGGAAAAUUAUUUCAACCAACACGAUCCUUUCCUGCGCUUCAGUUUCUUGAUAGUAUUGAAAAAGGUAGCAAUGCUGAAAAAGCUGGUCUAAAAAAAAAUGAUUAUAUUCUUGAAAUCAAUGGUAUCAAUGUAACUUGUAUGCCACAUGAAGAAUGUGCCAAUUUAAUAAAAAGAGCCGGAAAUACUUUAGCAUUGAAAAUAGUAACAACGAGUAUGUCAACACUGACCCAUAAUCAGCGCGAUUCACAAUCACAUUAUACUACUUUUCAAUCGUUACCUUAUCGACGUAAAGCACCUCUUCGUCCGAGCUUUGAAAAAUCGUUUGGUGCUUUUUCACUGUCAAAUAAAUUACUACUACCUUUUCAAUCAUUGAUUAUGAAGAAAUCAGAACAUAAUACCGUUUUAGAAGAUCUUGAUCGGACAUCAGCAGAAUAUGAAUAUGGAAGUAUGUCUGAAGCAUAUGUAUCUGUUUCAAAACAACAGAUUGAAAAUAUUUACAAUGGAUCUUCAUCUCUUCGUAUAAAAAACAAACCAGCUGUACCUGCACGUGAUUCUUCUCUUUAUGAUUAUUUUAUAAAUUGUCAAAAUCAACAGAUUUAUAAUAGAUUUCAACCGCUUAUACCAGCUGUAAGUGUCCCGAAUUUAUCAUCAAUAACAAAUAUUCGAUGCAAUUCAAAUUCCUCAUCAAAUGAAGCUGACGAAGAAUUGUCUUUAUCUUCAAUGAAUAGUAAUCUAAUGGCAGCAACAACUAAUUUGAACGAAGAGAAUGGAAUUGGAAUAUAUAUGGCACCAUCAUUAUCGCUUAGUACAACUAAUAUGUCAACAUUUAAAGUAACAUCAAGCAAUCAUUUACCUGCCAAGCCAAGUGAAGUUAAAAGACGAUCAAAUAAUCGAAAACAAACUUCUAUAGCCAUUCAUUCAAAUAAUAAUAACGCUUUACUAAACUCAAUAGAGAAUGAAACUUUCGAAUCAUCACCUCCACCACCACCACCUCCUCCAUUUCCUGCAAAUUUCCGUUCGAUAAAUAAAGUUGAACCACAAACAGUAUCAAUAAUUGAACAGAAAAAAAACAAAAUUGAUUCGGCUUUAACAACAACGAAAAAUGAUUUCCAGAUGCAAAUUGAACAAGCAAAAGGUCGUCUGAAAAAAAUCAAUAAUGAAACGUCAUCGAAAAGUAUUCUUUCGUCAACAAAACUCAAUGGACUCAAUAAACCAAUUCAUCAAAAUAAUACCACUAAUUCGAAUCAUUAUCAUUCAUCAGAUAUGUAUAAUUCGCCAGAAUUGAAAAAUAUUAUAAUCGAAGAUAAAAUUUCAUCGAAUGAAUUUCCUUCUCCACCAUCACCGAGUACUCUUCGUCGUUCAACCGCAACAGUAUCUACAAAUAAAACAUCAGUUAUCGAUCCUCGACUAGAUACUCAUUUUUCUUCUGUAAUUGCACAACGUGCAGCGGCAGCAACAGCUCGUCGUCAUGAAAAUCUGUUGGAGCUUGACUAUAGUUCAAAUGGAUUACCACCACCAAGAACAUUUUUUAAUAAUUGUAUUAUAACGAAUGGAAUUCAAACGACUAGUUCAUCGUGUCCACAACGAUUUAGUGCUACAGCUAAUCAGUUAUUAGAAAAUCUGAAACGUCGUGGUGGAAACAUAACAUCGAUGGAUCAUCUUGUAAAAAGUUAUAAUUAA